UUAGUGAAAUUAGCAAAGAGUAUAACUCUUUGGAAAUUAGUGAUUUUUGUUUUAUUUUUUCGUUAAAUGUGCUUAGAGUAGGUAAUAAUUACUUUGCUUCAUAAUUUAAAUUAGUAAAAUCCGAAUUGGUCGAAAUCCAGUGCGUAUGUCGAUUCCAAAAUUGUAAAAUUCAUUAUUUAUAACUUGCAGUAGCUAAUUUCACAAAAACCGCCAAAUCUAACUUGAGUUUGUUUAAGUUUGAAAAACCAAAGAGGCUUCCUUUUUUUAAAUCUUCCUUCGUUUGUUACUUUACUUAUUAACACUAAUUGUGUUAAUGAGAAAUUUGUUUAAUUAAAAUCCAAUGUGAUCUGGUUCUCACGAGAGUCAAGACCAUUGUUUUGAUAGGCAAGUGACUUCCUCAAUUGUAAUUCUCGUUGUUAAUUAUCGUUGGUUAGAUUAAUCUACUGUUACAAAAUGGAUCAAAAUGUUAUUAAUAUGGUUCAAUAUUUACUUGUGGCCGAUCAAAAAAAGAUGCCAAUAAAACGUACAGACAUUACUCGUUACGUUAUUCCUGAUAAUACACGUGAAUUUGGUGAUAUUUUUGAUGCUUGUAAAAAAGCUCUGUUCAAUGUAUUUGGUCUGAAAGUGUUGGAAACACCUGAGAAAAAUUCUUACAUCAUUGUAACUGUUAUAAGAGAUAGUAGUCUGUGGAGACCAGAAAUCACUAGUCAAAUCGAUAAUACUCAUGGAAUUUUGAUUCCAAUAUUGUCUGUAAUAUUUAUGAAUGGAGGAGAAACUCGUGAAGAAAAUCUGUGGAAAUUCAUGAAUAAAAUAAAUCUCACACCAGAAACUAAACUGACAUACAACCACGCUUCUAUAGUUUUAAAAGACUUGUUACACUCUGUUUGGAUUCGUCAGAUGUACUUAAAACGUGAAGAUAUAGGUAGAAAUGAGAAAAAAGAGUUCAUGUUUUCAUGGGGAUUCCGAGCUGAAUACGAGAUUAACAAGCUUGAAUUGCUCAAGUGGGUCUGUGAAGUCUAUGGUGAUGGAUAUGAGCCUCACAUGUUCAAAUUGCAAUAUAAAAGAGCUUUAUCACAUGAUAAAAUGUUGAGUGAACUCGAUCAAGAGGUUGAAGACACUGAACCUGAAACCGAAUAAACGACGAAAAAUAUUUCCAUAACAGCCAUGACAUUUAUAGUGCAUUCAAUAUUUAAAAUACCUAACAAAAUAACAUUUGGUCAUUUCUUCCACGUCCAUGUUGACAAAUAGUCUUCUAAAAUUUAAUUUUGUAAAAAAUUCAUAUUCAUAUUUCACAAUUUAGUAAUAAAAGUAAACAUGUAUUUAUACUAACUGAA